GGCUGAUGGUUAUUAAUGUAGUCAUCUGGCUGAUGGUUAUUAAUGUAGUCAUCUGGUUGAUGGUUAUUAAUGUAGUCAUCUGGCUGAUGGUUAUUAAUGUAGUCAUCUGCCUGCUAGUUAUUAAUGUAGUCAUCUGGCUGAUGGUUAUUAAUGUAGUCAUCUGGCUGAUGGUUAUUAAUGUAGUCAUCUGCCUGAUGGUUAUUAAUGUAGUCAUCUGGUUGAUGGUUAUUAAUGUAGUCAUCUGCCUGAUGGUUAUUAAUGUAGUCAUUUCCCUGCUGGUUAUUAAUGUAGUCAUUUCCCUGCUGGUUAUUAAUGUAGUCAUCUGGCUGAUGGUUAUUAAUGUAGUCAUCUGCCUGAUGGUUAUUAAUGUAGUCAUUUCCCUGCUGGUUAUUAAUGUAGUCAUCUGGCUGAUGGUUAUUAAUGUAGUCAUCUGGCUGCUGGUUAUUAAUGUAGUCAUUUCCCUGAUGGUUAUUAAUGUAGUCAUUUCCCUGAUGGUUAUUAAUGUAGUCAUCUGGCUGAUGGUUAUUAAUGUAGUCAUUUCCCUGAUGGUUAUUAAUGUAGUCAUCUGCCUGAUGGUUAUUAAUGUAGUCAUCUGUCUGCUGGUUAUUAAUGUAGUCAUCUGCCUGCUGGUUAUUAAUGUAGUCAUCUGCCUGCUGGUUAUUAAUGUAGUCAUUUCCCUGCUGGUUAUUAAUGUAGUCAUCUGGCUGAUGAUUAUUAAUGUAGUCAUCUGGCUGCUGGUUAUUAAUGUAGUCAUCUGCCUGCUGGUUAUUAAUGUAGUCAUCUGGCUGCUGGUUAUUAAUGUAGUCAUCUGCCUGCUGGUUAUUAAUGUAGUCAUCUGGCUGCUGGUUAUUAAUGUAGUCAUCUGCCUGAUGGUUAUUAAUGUAGUCAUCUGGCAGAUGGUUAUUAAUGUAGUCAUCUGGCUGCUGGUUAUUAAUGUAGUCAUCUGGCUGAUGGUUAUUAAUGUAGUCAUCUGGCUGAUGGUUAUUAAUGUAGUCAUCUGCCGUGUUGAAGCUUGAAACCAAAACACAAAUUGAGCCCAAAGAACCAGGAAUCCAUGUUUUAAUCUCAAAGUCUCUAAUUGUAACUAAAAUCAUGUUUCAUUUUUUCUUGUUUGAAAUCAAAUCAGAAGAAGAAAAACCCGGAGCUGCUGCUGCCCAGGAAAAAGAACAAAACCUUUAAAACUCAGGAUUAUCAUUUGAUUUGUUUGUUGGUUCUGUAAGAGAA